AUGGCGUCGAUCGCUGCGUCGCUACAAGCGUCGCUUCCACAACCGAAAUACACGGGAGAGGAUGAGGAAGCACCUUCCAGAACACAACAACGGGGACCGCGUAUCGUGGGCGCUGGCCAGAUUGACGAGACACAGAUCGUCUUGAAGCGAUCCGGCCCUCCGCCGUAUGGACAAAGAUCAGGAUGGCGUCCACGAUCUCAAGAAGACUUUGGCGAUGGCGGUGCUUUUCCUGAGAUUCCAGUAGCACAAUAUCCGUUGGAUAUGGGGAAGAAGGGUGCUUCAACCAGCAACGCGCUGGCCGUCCAAGUUGAUUCGGCGGGCAAGGUUCAAUACGAUGCGAUUGCGCGGCAAGGACACAGCCAGGGUCGAAUCAUACAUACAUCAUUUAAGGAUCUCAUUCCGUUAAGACAGCGCGCUGAUGCUGGCGAGAUUGAUUUGGCCCGACCUGACAAGGACGCUGUUGCAGCUUCGACCGAGAAGACCAAGAACGCGCUGGCAGCUCUGGUUAGCGGUGCGGUCGCGGCGCAGAGGCCCAAGAACGUCAAUGUUGGAAACCGAAAUGACCCGACUUUCGUACGGUAUACGCCCGCCAGUCAGAUGGGCGACAACGGGCAGAAGCAGGAUCGAAUAAUGAAGAUUGUCGAGCGGCAACGAGACCCAAUGGAACCGCCCAAAUUCAAACAUAAAAAGAUCCCGCGAGGGCCACCAUCGCCGCCUCCGCCGGUCAUGCACUCACCACCUCGGAAGCUCAUAGCCGAGGAUCAAGAAAUGUGGAAGAUUCCUCCGCCGGUCUCAAACUGGAAGAACCCUAAAGGAUUUACGGUGCCUCUGGACAAGCGCCUGGCGGCGGAUGGUCGUGGCUUGCAAGACGUUACUAUCAAUGAUAAGCAUGCUCAAUUUGCCGAGGCUGUAAAGAUGGCUGAGAGACAUGCCCGAGAAGAGGUCCAGCAGCGAGCAUUGAUGCAGCAGAGAUUAGCGGAAAAGGAAAAGGCACAAAAGGACGAGAAUCUGCGAGCACUGGCUCAAAAGGCUCGGGAGGAACGUGCGGGCGCUGGGGGCGGUCGCCGACGGUCACCCGACUCAAGAGACUCGAGGUCACGAUCGAGAAGCUACAGUGGAUCUGAUUCAGCAUCUGACAGCGAAGAUUCCGAUAUCAGGGAGCGUGAGAAUGCUCGACGAGAGAGACGCAAGGAAGAGGAAAGGAAGCUUCGACAGAAUCGCAUGGGUGCAGAACGUCGUGUUCAAGUGAUGGCGAGGGAACAAAACCGAGAUAUUUCAGAAAAGAUUGCCCUUGGGUUAGCCAAGCCCACACAGUCCAAGGAGACAAUGUACGAUUCACGGCUAUUUAACCAGUCCAGCGGUUUCGAUAGCGGAUUCAACGAGGACAAUCACUAUGACAAACCGCUGUUUGCAGCUCAAGACGCCAUCAGCAGCAUUUACCGACCGCGAGCGAAUAUGGAGGACGACGACCCUGAGGCGGGCGACAAGGAGAUGGCCAAGAUUCAAAAGACUAGUCGGUUUGGAGAAGCACUGGGCAAGGGAACUUUCAAGGGAGCGGCAGACGUAGAGGCCCGCGAAGGACCAGUGCAAUUCGAGAAGGAGGUGGCCGAUCCGUUCAACGUGGACAAGUUCUUGUCCGAGGUUGACCAGAAUUCGUCGUCAAAGAGAGGAUAUGGGCUGCAGGACGAGGAGCGACAAUCAAAACGGCCGAGGGUGGUGGACGAUGAGGAGGAUUGA